CGCCUGCGCUCUGCGUCGCCACCGCGAGAAAGACUCCACAGGCUCGAGCCUCUAAACCUCCCCGCCAGCAGCGGUUUUCUCGAAAGGCCACGAGCUACUGAAAUGAAAGCUGCACUAAUACCUCUUCACACGUCGGAGUCUACGACUGCAUGAAGAAGGCCGUGUAGCGUUGACACGCGUUGGGAGGGUUUAAAGGACACGACAUGAAGAGGACAGCAUGGUGUGCAUGAGGGGUCGUCACACGCAGAGGGAAUGACACGCAUCCUCUAUGACUGUGAGGGUGAAUCUUAAUUACUGCGCGGAGCUCGUUUUCUGACCAACCGGUUGGAUGUACUACGAGGGAGCGCGCACCUAGACGGCCCGAAGAUGUCCCAGAGCUGGACCGCCGCCACGCCGUGCCGCUGUCUCGCCGCCGUUCUCGUUCUCCUCCUUCUCGUCUUGCCCCCGCGCGCGCUCUCCAUCCGUGCCGACAAGGCUCUCAACAAGGACGACCACGUGAGCGCCACGGUCAACGCCACCGUGUUGGACUCAAAGGGCAACCCCGUCCAGAUGAUGAGCAACGACGACGGCACGUACGGUCAGAACUCACCGAAGAGCGACACGAAAGGCACGGUGAUCGCGCCUGCGCAUUACCAUGGAGGUAAGUUCACUGUCAGUUCUAAUGUAGCCAUGGCACGUCGCCUUGGCGAUGCAGCCAAGAAAGCCAUUGGGAAGCUGACCACAAGGACCGUGAAGAAAGGAGAUAAGGAAAUUGACCCAGACUUCAACCACUGUGCAGUGUGUAUCGAGGGCUACCAGCCCAACGACGUGGUGCGAAUCCUGCCUUGCAAGCAUGUCUUCCACAAGAUGUGUGUGGACCCCUGGCUCAACGAGCACUGUACGUGCCCCAUGUGUAAACUCAACAUCCUCAAAGCUCUGGGGAUCAUGACCAACCUGCCGUGCGUGGACAACGUGGCCUUCGGCAUGGAGAGGAUAGGCCGCAGCCAGACCUCGGGCAGUCAGAGGAUGGCUCUGGUGGACCUCUCCAACGAGGCCUCCAUCAGCAUGGAGCCCCUGAGGCCUUCUGGGGGCCCUCAGGGGGUCCCCUCGGACGGAGAACUCACCCCUCACACCGGGGAAAUCAACAUUGCCGUCACCAAGCUUUGGGUUGUGGUCCUCACCUUCGGUCUUCUGUGUGUCCUGGUGCUCUGCUUCAUCAUCAUGAAGGCUGCAACACUGUUCAGCGGGCAGGAUGGAGAAGCGAUGCCAGUAGAGGAUUAGAGGAACAUUGACCUGGAAGAUGACCUCUGACCUCUGAACUACUGUGGCCAUUUCUUCAACCGGAGCUCUGGCUCUCCUCGGAGCAUCGUGUGUGAGGUUGAGCUGCCCGACAACCAAGUGCCCCAUGACCUCUAC